CCCGCGGGCGGCGGCGCAGGAGGAAGCGGAGGAGGACCGGCGCGCGGGGCCCGGGAGGCAGGCAGCGCAGCGCCGCCGCCGCCGCCGCAGCCCGGGGCUCGCCAUGCUCCUGGCCUCGGCCGUGGUGGUCUGGGAAUGGCUGAACGAGCACGGCCGCUGGCGUCCCUACAGCCCGGCCGUGAGCCACCACAUUGAGGCGGUGGUCCGCGCCGGCCCCCGCGCCGGGGGCAGCGUGGUGCUGGGCCAGGUGGACAGCCGUCUCGCGCCCUACAUCAUCGACCUGCAGUCCAUGAACCAGUUCCGCCAGGACACGGGGACCCUCCGUCCAGUUCGCCGCAACUACUACGACCCGUCCUCGGCCCCCGGCAAGGGCGUGGUGUGGGAGUGGGAGAAUGACAACGGUUCUUGGACGCCCUAUGACAUGGAAGUAGGCAUCACCAUCCAGCACGCCUACGAGAAGCAGCACCCCUGGAUCGACCUCACCUCCAUCGGCUUUAGCUACGUCAUUGACUUCAGCACCAUGGGCCAGAUCAACCGGCAGACCCAGCGCCAACGCCGCGUCCGCCGGCGCCUGGAUCUCAUCUACCCCAUGGUCACCGGCACCUUGCCCAAGGCCCAGUCCUGGCCGGCCAGCCCCACGUCCGCUGCCUCGCCCGCGGCCCCGCCCUGCUCCUGCCCGCAGUGCGUGCUGGUGAUGAGCGUCAAGGCGGCCGUGGCCAACGGGAGUACCGGCCCGCUGCAGCCCCCAGCCACCCGCAAGAACAUGCCCCCAUCUGGGGCAGUCAAGCUGCCCCCCCCACCAGGGUCCGGGGCCAAGCUCCUGGACAGCACGGGCACCGUCCGAGGCCCGGUGAAGACGGUCCCGUCGCAGGCGAUCCGGCGACAGGCCUCCAGCACGCCGGCAGGGGUGAUCGUGGGCUCUCCUGCCAGUCCCCCCGGAGCCAACGGCAAGACCGGAAGGGUGGCCCUGGCGACCUUAAAUCGGACCAACCUGCAGCGAUUGGCCAUUGCCCAGUCCCGGGUGCUGAUCGCCUCUGGGGUCCCCACCGUGCCAGUGAAGAGCCUGAAUGGGUCCAGUCCUGUGAAUCCUGCCUUGGCAGGAAUCACUGGGAUUCUCAUGAGCGCCGCGGGGCUGCCUGUGUGUCUCACCAGGCCCCCAAAGCUGGUCCUUCACCCGCCCCCGGUCAGCAAGAGCGAAAUCAAAUCCAUCCCAGGGGUUUCCAACACGAGCCGCAAGACAACCAAAAAACAAGCCAGGAAAGGUAAAACUCCGGAGGAAGUGCUGAAGAAGUAUCUGCAGAAAGUCCGUCACCCCCCGGACGAGGACUGCACCAUCUGCAUGGAGCGCCUCACGGCCCCCUCGGGCUACAAGGGCCUGCAGCCAACAGUCAAGCCCGACCUGGUGGGCAAGCUGUCCCGAUGCGGCCACGUCUACCACAUCUACUGUCUGGUCGCCAUGUACAACAACGGCAACAAGGAUGGCAGUCUGCAGUGUCCAACCUGUAAGACCAUUUAUGGAGUGAAGACGGGUACCCAGCCCCCAGGGAAGAUGGAGUACCACCUCAUCCCCCACUCCCUGCCCGGCCACCCCGACUGCAAAACCAUCCGGAUCAUCUACAGCAUUCCUCCCGGCAUUCAGGGGCCAGAGCACCCGAAUCCUGGGAAGAGUUUCAGCGCCCGUGGCUUCCCACGACACUGUUACCUUCCAGACAGCGAGAAGGGGAGAAAAGUGCUGAAGCUGCUGCUUGUGGCCUGGGACCGCCGCCUCAUCUUUGCCAUCGGGACCUCCAGCACCACGGGCGAGUCAGAUACCGUCAUCUGGAACGAGGUCCACCACAAGACAGAGUUCGGCUCUAAUCUCACAGGUCACGGCUACCCAGAUGCCAAUUACCUGGAUAAUGUGCUGGCUGAACUGGCUGCCCAGGGCAUUUCUGAGGACAGCCCUGCCCAGGAGAAGGACUGAGCUGGGGAGCGGGGGGGGGGUCUUUGGGUCAGGAGGGGCCAUGGGGACCACAGGGCAGGAAGCGGGAGAGCCAAGGUGGAAGUUGGUGCCAUGCCCUGCCAACGCCCUCAUCUUCCCUUCUGUCCUGUGCCCAUCCCCCAUCCCUCCUGGCCACAGGGGGGAGCGAGAUUGAGUAAGGUGACGUCAUCCAUAAACCGCAUCCACCACAACGGGACAUGGGAUUAGGGCCAUCCUUGGUCUGUUUCCAUGGAGUUUUCGGUGCUGGGUAGGCAAGAACCCCCCCAUCCCCCUAAGUAGGGGGCACAGUCAGCACACUUAGGGUACGGACAGUGCAUGGGCACUCUAUACCCUGGCCUUGUGAAGCCUGAGGUUCUGUACCUCAGCUGGCUUCUUGCUGCUUCCACUCUCCUUUGAGAGCGGAGUUUCUGCUUUUCUCUCCUCCUCUGGAGGCGAGGAGCUCUCACUGUGCAAGAUUGGGGGGCAAAGGGGUGAACCGCUAAACUGCUGUGACAUCAGAAAUUGAUGCCUCGGUGUAUAGCGAGGAAGCACUUCUCGCCAAGAGGGUCGGGGAGGCAAAGGCUUCUGGGAGUACAUUCAGCUCUCAUUAGAGCCUUGGCUUCUCUGGGCCCUCCCUCCUCACAUUUUUGACCUGUCCAAAGAGGCAUCUGGUUCUCUCGUGCGGAUGGAUGGACUCUGGGAUUCCUCUCUGGGGUAGCAUCCCAUGAUGUUUCCAGCCCCUCUCUGAUCAGACCAGAGUCUGCAUCCCACUUAGCAUCUGAACUGUCCUCAGGGAGAGGAGCCCAUAGCCUUCUUCCCAACUCAUCCCAGACCAGCUCAAAGAUUCCAUGAGUUUCAUCACGUCACUGUGAGUAGAGCCCCCGCUGGGCUCUGUGCCAUCUGUGUGUGCAUAUAUAUGUGUGCGUGCUUGUGUGCACCACUGGGCCAGGUUGGGGGACAGUCCCAUCCUGUUCUCCCAUUCUGUUUUGCAAACUGUCAAACCCCAGUUCUGAUGGGGAUCAAACAAUCAGGCUGUGGUUCCUUAACUUGUCUCACCUUUUGCCAACCCAUUCCCUAGUAAACUUGGACUCAGAUGGUAAGGACCAUGCAUCUUGCCAGAUGCCCCAGGGAACUGUGCUUGGGAGCUGUGUAAGGUGAGGGCUAGACUGACCCCUUUUUAUAUCUCUUCCAAGAUUGGAUCUAAUCAGUUAGUCCAGUCUUGUUUCUAUGAGAGCUUUGAUCUGCUCCAUGCACAUUUGCCAACCAGAGCCCAGAGGUUUUGCUGGGCCCCUUGUCGAUUACAGAUGGACCUAGAGUGUGGAGGGAGACUUUUUAGCUCAUUCCUAACAGGGUUGGGACCACAUCAUGGUCCAGUCCCACCUGCAUUUGGGUUGUGUCCCAAGACUGUCUCCUCUCCAGCAUUCCUCUUGCUUUUUGCUUUCCUUAAGGAAUGAACUGGGGGUCAGGGAGGAGAGAGGGGGGAUCAAGAAGGGAAACCCAAUUCCCCCUUUGAAAGUGGGUUCUUUGAACUAUGUGUUUGGGGGAAGUUCCUCUGGAUACUAAUUUGAAUUUAUAUACCUCAUGUUUUGGGGGUUUGACGUAUAUAUAUAUCCAUAUAUAUUUCAUAAUAUUUGGAAAGUUUUUGAUGCUAGAAAAAUUAAAACAAAAGAACCUUCAGAAAUGGUACUUAAGUUAGAACCUGAAGCCAGGUUUUCCUGCGAACUGGCUCUGUAGCUGCUGGCUGUUCGCCUGCAGCCAUUUUGAUGUUGGUGUGGCCAGUGGGUUCACCUGAGUGUCACCCAGUUCCUUGGGACAUGCUGGUGCUGAGCCUUUUCUCAUUCUCCAAAUGGCUAUCAGGAUGCUAACUGGCCCCAGCAGAGGGAGCUCUGAUAGGAGGAAUUAUGCCUGACGCCUUAGGUCCAGUUUCUCCCAUCAUCCAGCUGCCAUCUUAUCUCACCAGGGGACCAGGAAGUGGGGCCUGAGUUCACUGCACCACAGGGCACAGUUUCCUGCCAGUCGGGAGGAAGCAUCUGAACUCAGUGCAAGGGACAUCGCUGCCGUGUUUAAUAGCACACUCUGUGCCCUUUGCCAGGCUGCUGUGUACCAGAGAUCAUUGAAGAGCCUCACCGUAGACCUAGUACCAUCUCCACCUUUAGCCGGAGACCCAGGUCAAGUGUCUGCUGAGCUUCUCACCCAUGGGGAUGAGGACACAGAUGGAGCGUCAGUGGGUGGAAACACACAGCUGUGGAGUAGGCGGGGAGAGGAAGAAAAUACAGUCUGACAAAUGGCUGUGGGCAGGGGGGAGAGGCUGGUUUCCCUGCAGCAGGCAGAAGAAGGGAUGGGUGGGGAAGAGGACAGCUGAGCAAAGAAGGGAGAGGACUCGGAAUGGAGUGGGCAGGCGGCGUGCCAGGGGCAAUACCACUUUGAGAGCAAGUCUUCAUACCUUCAAGACUUCCCCUGUAGGAGGCUGACUAUGUCUACGCCCCGGAGGACGCUCCGUAGGCAUGACCACAUCCUCAUGCUGCUCUUCUUGGGGGCUUUCUAGGCAGAAGGGAUCUUGAAUCUCCUUUUUAACACUGUGCCAGGCAAGGCGUGGGGGGGGUGUCCCUUUGUGCCAGCCUGGAAAGGCACAGUCUCAGGCUCAGCGAGAACCCUGCCAGCCAGGGUCCUGAGCACCCCCACCCACACACACACACACACACAGGAUGUUUUCCCACCACUGCCGCUCCCGCUGUGUCUCCUGGCCCGCGAGGGGAAUCCCAGGCCUUUCCUUUCAUGCACCAGCAACCUACCUUCUCCCUUCCUGAGUCUCCAGGGAUGACAAAUGGGAUUGCAGACACACUCUGUCAGAGGCCCAUCCCUUCAAGGUUACUUGUGUAUAUGUGGUUGUGCGUGCCUUUGUGUUUCAUACCCUUUCCCCCAGCUUUUUUGUAAAACUUGGGACUUCUCUGUGGUUUUACACUUGGUCAAAAGUACUCGUCCUGGUAUAGCACUGUCGUGUGCAUGAGAGGGUAGGGGGCAGGCCCCGUGUGGUACAAGAAAGGGCCCUGUCCUCUUUUCUUGUCCGUGGUCGCUGGCAGUUGAGCGGGGGUUUUCUGGGAGAGGGAAGGUGAAUGUCCUAAUGUAAAUCUUUGGCGUGUUUUGAAGUCCGUGGUGUUGCUCUGUGAGACGACAUCGCCACCCGGUGGUCAUGAGGUGUAUGUGCAGAACAAUAAAUGGCAAGUGAACAACCACGAAUUGCUGUUAACCUUCUGCUUUUUGCAGAUGGGGCACCUAAAUACGAGACAUUUGGGGCACCUCCCUGGGUCUGUAAGCAACCACAAGCCCCGAAUGGGGGUGGGGAAGUCCCUGUUCUCUUUUUCCCCACAUCUUCCCCACCCACACAUUUGACCAAGGGACCUGGCUUGACUUCUUGUUCCUCUCAAGAAACAGACCGCACGACAGGGGAAAUACAAGUGGAUCUGUGCGGAAAAGACCGCUUUAAAAAACAUGAAUGCUGGCUUCUUACAGCUCCCUUCACCUGACCACAAUGUAGUGCAUGUUUCAGUAGUUUACAGGCUGUUCUUUCUCAAAUAAAUGUUUAGUAUUAAUCAUCCCGACGCUAACACAAACACAAAAUGCAAACGCAAAGCAGCACUGAACAGCCAGACGUGUCUCUAUUCCUGAGAGUCUAGAGAGAGUUGUUUUCGUGGAAAGUGGGGCUCAUCUUUCCGCAGAGCCCAGCCGGUGCUCCCAGGUCCCGCUCUGGGUUCUGACUUUGCAAAAUGAGGUGCUGGCCGAAAACUGCAACCCCCUGAGUUCUCAUUUCCUGUGAAUGAGCAGCCGGACAGCGUGUUCCUUACAUACACAUUUUAAUGCAUACUUAAUGUAUGAUUUUGUUAGAAAUGCAAGUCUGUGAAGAGGGCAGUUAGUGCAUUAGAAGUCUGAGAGCCGGUAGCCGUCCUUUGCCUCUGACUCAGUCGUCUUCGAGGAGUUCAUGGGGAAUUUGCAGAAAAGUGGUCACUUCAGCUGAAAUUUACCCACAAAACACUCAGAGGUUUAGGCGAAUAUUUUAAUGCUUAAGUGGCAGGGUUCAGAGAAGAGGUUGCAGAAAUCAGUGCUGGUGGCUGGGCAGCCGGGAGAGCAGGGCUCACCAUCACAGGGAGUAGCCUCCUUCCCAACUUCCCACAGGCUAGGAGGCUGAAAGCCCCUCAGCAGGACUUACGUAAGCGUUUUAAGCCUAAACUCGUGAUUGUGAAUGUUAAUGAGGUGAGGACAGAUUAGCCUUCAUAUCCAUGAACUCAUUUGUGGCAUCUGAUGUGGUGAAGACAUAUAUAACUAUGAAAAAUGUAGAGGAGGGGCGUCUGGCUGGCUCAGUCCGUAGAGCCUGUGACGCUUGAUCUCAGGGUUCGCGAGUUUACUUAAUAAAAAAAAAAUUCUUUUUUGAUGUCAUGGAGAAGUAGUAAUAGACUCACUCUAAUCAUUACAAUUCGGAGAGAAUGGUAUUAAAAUUGGGCAAAACUCCCCCCGCCAGCUAAAAAAAUAGAAAAAAUAAAUAAAUAAAAUUGGGCAAAACCCCCAAUGCCGGGAACACGUCAUGCAUCCUGCUGGAUGCCUGAGGGAGGUCAGCCUGGAACCGAAAUAAAUGUGUCACAAAUGGUGUUGGAUGCCUUUUUUGUUUCAUUUAAAAACAUGGACUUGACAAUGUCAGCGCCUUUUCUGCUGGGAAAAAAAAA